AUGAGAAUUGAGAGAGACAUAAAAAGAUAUGCGGAUGAGAAGGCAAGAGAUGAAGCAUUUGCAAGAGAAAGGGAGUAUGUACUCAAACAAGACAUGGACAAGAAGGAUCGGGAAACCAUGGCUAUGGAUACGAGCCAUAUGUCCCUUAAAACAAAGUCAUUUUGGAAGUUAGAACGAAGGGAUGUCAUGAGGAGGCUUUUCCGUGACGAUGGGCCAAGCAAUACUGAUUAG